CACAGCUCCUUUCGCAUAAUAGACCUCACCAUCAAUUCAAUUCCGCUGAUGCCGUACAUGUUCUGGCAACUCCGCCGGUGGGAACUCAAAAUCCUAUUCUACCCUGCCACAGCCACUCUCCUCCGAACUCCAACCACAUGCUUCCUGCAUUCCCUUUCGGACCCACCCCACUGGAAACCACCAUCACCACCACCGCCGAUUGUUUAUCUUCAGAAUCUCCUCAAGUUCCGGAGGGACAAGCCCGCCAUCGAAGUGGAGCGAGCACUCGACCUAUGUGGGUUCCAGCUUAGCGACAAACUCGUCUUCGAAGUGCUUAAACGGCAUCAUUCUGAUUGGAGACCCGCCCUCGUGUUCUUUAAUUGGGCUUGUAAAGCGAGUCCCGAGCGAAAUGGGUAUGUGCCAAGUUCCGUCGUUUUCAAUGAGAUUGUGGAUAUUCUCGGGAAGAUGAAGCGGUUUGAGGAGCUCUACCAGGUGCUCGAUGAAAUGUCCCAUAGACAGGGUGUCAUGAACGAGUUGGUUUUUUCCACAUUGAUUCGUAGGUAUGUGGGUGCACAUAAGGUGGAGGAAGCUGUUGGAAUAUUCUAUAGGAGGAAAGAGUUUGGAUUGGAGAUUGAUUCUAAAGCAUUUAGGACACUCUUGAUGUGGUUGUGCAGGUACAAGCAUGUAGAAGAUGCAGAAACUUUGUUUCGCAGCAAGGUGAAUGAGCUUCCACCUGAUAUAAAGUCCUGGAACGUGAUCCUCCAUGGUUGGUGCAUCUUAGGGAACACACAUGAGGCGAAGAGGUUGUGGAAAGACAUAUUGGCAUCUAAGUGCAAGCCGGAUCUUUUCACUUAUGCAACAUUUAUCAAGGCAAUGACCAAGAAGGGGAAGCUCAGCACUGCACUGAGGUUGUUCCAUGGCAUGUGGGAUAAAGGUUGCAAGCCCGAUGUUGUGAUAUGCAACUGCAUCGUUGAUGCUCUUUGUUUCAAAAAGAGAGUUCCUGAGGCAUUGGAAGUUUUCAAGUGCAUGAGCGAAAGGGGCGUUGAACCUAAUGUGGCUACUUACAACUCCUUGAUCAAACACAUGUGUAAGAUUCGGCGAAUGGAGAAGGUAUACGAGCUAGUGAGUGAUAUGGAAAGGAGGAAGGGGAAUUGUUUGCCUAAUGCUGUUACUUAUAGCUACUUGCUGGGUUCCUUGAAGGAGCCGAAGGAAGUUCCUGUGAUUUUGGAGAGGAUGGAGAGAAAUGGGUGUAGCAUGAAUGAUGAUGUUUACAACUUGGUUUUGAGGUUGUAUAUGGAAUGGGAUGACCAGGAUGGGGUGAGAAGAACAUGGGAAGAGAUGGAAAGGAAUGGAUGGGGACUAGAUAGGCGAUCUUAUACAAUCCUGAUUCAUGGGCACCUCAAAAAUGGGAGGACGAAGGAUGCCUUGCGCUAUUUUAGGGAGAUGGUGUCUAAGGGAAUGGAGCCUGAGCCAAGAACUGAGAAACUAUUGAGUUCCAUGAACAUUCAGUCAAAAGAAAGAACAGAAAAACAAAAAGGAUGAUGGUAUUGGAGUUAUCUAGUGAUCCAAUUCUUCCAAUAACUUCAUUGCCAUUGGUUUGGGUUCUCUAAGUCGAAAAUUGCCAACAGUAAUAUAUCUUUGAAAGGCAUUGAGUGCUAAUUACCGAGACGCAUAGGAUGUUGAUUUGGUUGAAUUUUCGAACAUUGAGAUAUUUUGCCAAACUCUUUAGAUUGCCAAGAAGCAAGGAAAAAAGAUAACCCGACACCAAAUUUUAAGAUUCAAGAUUUUAUGUUAAUUAGAGGGUCCAGAAAUUAGAAGGCUGGGGUUAUUUCGCUCCCUUAUCUGUUUAUGAUAGCUGUGUUAGUUGGAUAAGCUUACAUUUUCUCAUCCAAUUAAGCACCUCGGCAGAUUUUCUACUAAUAUUUAAAAAAGAGAAUUCAGCCGGCAAUAGGAGGAACUAUCUCAACUUAGUCUCAAUCAAACAGUGCUUGGAAAAUGAGAGAAUGUACCGCUGAAGAAAGGAAUGGAGGAUUUGAAGAGUGAUAGAGUUUGAAAUGGAAGUUUCUUAUAAAAUUGA